GAGCCAUUUGGAGUCGAAAGAGUCGGAUCUUAUUGGUGAGCUGAGCUGAAUCUGAUCUGAUUCACAAAAACGAGUCAGAAUUCCCGUCACUAUAGAGACGGAACGCAUUUUUUGGUGGCUAAUCAAAGUCCGUGAUACAACACGCUUACAAGUGUGAGGACGAGUGUGUUUGAGGUUAAGGUUUGUGUUUAGUAAACGCUUCUUAAAAUGAGGGAAAUCGUUCACAUGCAAGCUGGUCAGUGUGGGAAUCAAAUUGGUGCAAAAUUUUGGGAGGUGAUCAGUGAUGAACACGGAAUCGACCCGACCGGUACCUACCACGGUGACAGCGACCUGCAGCUGGAGCGGAUUAACGUGUAUUACAACGAAGCCACUGGUGGAAAGUAUGUUCCCCGGGCUGUACUGGUGGACUUGGAGCCAGGGACCAUGGACUCUGUAAGAUCUGGUCCUUUUGGCCAAGUCUUCAGACCAGACAACUUCGUUUUUGGUCAGAGUGGUGCUGGAAACAACUGGGCCAAAGGCCAUUAUACUGAAGGUGCUGAGCUGGUGGACUCAGUGCUGGAUGUUGUGCGUAAGGAGGCUGAGAGCUGUGACUGCCUACAGGGCUUCCAGCUCACUCACUCCUUGGGUGGGGGCACCGGAUCGGGCAUGGGCACACUGCUCAUCAGCAAGAUCCGUGAGGAGUAUCCCGACCGCAUCAUGAACACGUUCAGUGUUGUACCAUCUCCUAAAGUCUCAGACACUGUGGUGGAGCCCUACAAUGCCACUCUGUCUGUGCACCAACUGGUGGAGAACACCGAUGAAACGUACUGCAUUGAUAAUGAAGCACUUUAUGACAUCUGUUUCCGUACUUUAAAGCUCACAACUCCCACUUAUGGCGAUCUCAACCAUCUUGUUUCUGCCACCAUGAGUGGUGUAACCACCUGCCUCCGUUUUCCUGGGCAGCUCAAUGCUGACCUGCGAAAACUGGCUGUAAAUAUGGUGCCCUUCCCUCGUCUGCACUUUUUCAUGCCUGGUUUUGCCCCACUCACCAGCAGGGGGAGCCAGCAGUACCGUGCGCUCACCGUGCCUGAACUAACACAACAGAUGUUUGAUGCGAAGAAUAUGAUGGCAGCGUGUGAUCCACGUCAUGGCCGCUACCUGACCGUGGCUGCUAUCUUCCGGGGCCGCAUGUCUAUGAAAGAGGUGGAUGAGCAGAUGCUCAAUGUGCAAAACAAAAACAGCAGCUAUUUUGUGGAAUGGAUCCCCAACAAUGUCAAAACAGCUGUAUGUGACAUCCCACCAAGAGGGCUUAAGAUGGCUGCCACCUUCAUUGGCAACAGCACAGCCAUCCAGGAGCUGUUCAAGCGCAUCUCGGAGCAGUUCACAGCCAUGUUCAGGAGAAAGGCCUUCCUGCAUUGGUACACAGGAGAAGGAAUGGAUGAGAUGGAGUUCACUGAGGCAGAGAGCAACAUGAAUGAUCUUGUGUCUGAGUACCAGCAGUACCAGGAUGCCACAGCUGAAGAGGAGGGCGAGUUUGAGGAAGAAGAGGAAUUGGCAUAAAUAUGUGUUAAUCUUUCACAUGUUCAUAUUUUCAUAAUUCUGUCUUUCUGUUCCUUUCAAACUUUCUAAUAAAUGUUUAACUUGGGCAACUUGGCUCAUUCUUUGCUAUUUUUUCACUAAAUCAUUCAGUAAUUUGAUAGUCCAGUGUCCUUUUAGUUCUCAUAUAGUUGCACAGAAUUAUGAAUAUUAUAUUUAGAUUUUUUUGCCUUGUCUAAAUUCUAACCUCAGAUAUGAUUUUUACAUAAAGCAAAAAUAUUCAAAUAAAAUUUUGUUGUGAAAUUGGGCUUUAAACCAAAAUGAGAUAAAGGGUGUUGAUUUCUUGUACUGCUUAAUUGAACAAAUCUGGUCACAUAGUGGGGGGUGGUUGGGGGGAUCUAUGUGAAUACAGCAAGAAGCUUCAUCAGCUGUGCAUAAUCUUUAUUUCCUUUAGUUUUAUAUAAAUGUGAAGUCAGGUGCGGCCAUUGUGUGUAGAGAAAUUCCAAUGCUUAAAUAUGAAUCAUAUUACAAGUUUUUUUUUAAACUCUCAAAACUAAGGGUUUGUGUACUCAAAGUUCUGCCUUUUAUAUUUAUGUGAACACUAGUUAAGUAUUUUAACUGCCAUCUCAAGUUAGAUUUGUAUUUAUUUAGUUUGACCUUGAUAUUGUUAAAUGAAAAUGCUCACUUUAUUAUGAAUAAUGAUUACCCUGACCCUGUGUAGGAUAAACAAUUUGGAAAACGGAUGUAUAAUUAUUACUUGUAAUGAGUCUAUGUGUUAGACAUAAUACAUAGCAAUAAUACAAUGAUAAACUUUUUUUUAAAUGAUUAAUUCAAAUAAUAGAAAUUUGUAAACACUCUUUAUUUUAGGGGGGGGCUAGGCUGGAUGGAAGAACAUACCACCAUUAAAUGUAGCCUACAAAUUGUAAAAACAGGAAUAAAAUACAAAUCGAUGAAUUUCUUGUUAAAAAUGCUCUGUAGUCUUUCAGGGCCAUGUGUCUUACAACAGAUUGGCUAUACCUAAACAUACACACUACAGUAUUAACUAGUAUUUAAAAAUGGCAUGUAACCUAUAGUAUAAUAUUUCACAAUUGUUUAGGAAGUUAGUAGGCACAUUGAGUGUAUUUCUCCAGCAGAUGGGGCUGUUGUUUUGUCUUUAAUUUAUUUAUUCAUUUUCAUAUGGUUCAUUUACAUGUGAUUCAUUUACGUGUGAUUCAUUUACAUGUGAUUCAUUUUCAUGAGAUUCAUAGUCAUGAGAUUCAUAUUCAAGUGUUACAUUUUCAUGUGAUUCAUUUACGUAUGAUUAAAUGUGAUUCAUUUUCUGGUGAUUCA